UGCACGAAACGGAGCGACGAACGGCCGGACAGACGGACCGAGUACCUACAAACGCAUAAAAAAUAAACAUAGUCAUUUGGUGUAAAAGCGAGGAUAUAUAAAUUAAGUACGUGAGUAUAAGGUACAGGCGUAUAGGUAGAUGUGAUAGAUGUCGAGUGCGCGGGGCGCUGUGCGAUGCGAAGCUGGUACAUAAGAUAUAAUAUAGGACUGACUGAUAAUAAUGAAGUGGGGCUCGCACGUACAUUGAAAAGGCCAAGUGUGCGUCCCCACAGUGUAUGAGCUAUUCGCCAGCGGUGGCUGGCGCUCAGUCGAACUCUGCUGCUUACACCACCACCACAACUGUAUACGAUCGUAACUAUAACCGGGCGCAACCGUAUCAUCCCGAGCGACGAAACAUGUCAAAGAAAACGGACACGAGCUUGAUCGUGUACAAGGUGCUGGGGGACGAGCACGCCGAGGAGGCGAUCGAGCUCCAGAUCAGCACCUCCUUCCAGGAGACCCUGACCAUUGGCUUCGGUAUCGCCGACGUGCCCGGUGGCACCGACCACCAGGGCUUCUCCGUCCUCCUCGGCAGCAUCAUUGCCGACGGGCUGAGCAUCGGCGCGUUUGACACAAAAACCGGCAAGCUCGUCGGCGUCUGCUUCAACAAGCUCCACAGCAAAUCCGAAAGGGACAACACCACGCCUCUCGAGGAAAAUGUCGAGGAGAACAUGAAGCACCCGGCCACCCUCGACCUCAUGAGGUUCAUCUUUAAGAUCGAGGGUAGCGUGGACCUGUACGAGUUGUACGACGCGGAGAACGCCCUGGAGAUAUUCUACAUAGGGGUGGACGGGCGGUACCGUCGGUACGGCAUAGCCACGAACCUGAUGCGCACGAGCAUAGAGCUGGCCCGAAAGCUCGCCAGGGAGAACGGACUGCCCGAGCCGGAGAUCGCCUACGGGGUGUUCACAUCGAACUACAGCCAGGCGCUGGGCGAGAGGUUCGACUUUGAGUGGCGGCACAGCGUGCGGUACGACGAGUACGUGUGCUACGACGGUAAGGUCGCGUCGGAGCGCAUAGGGUCGGUGCACCAGCACUGCAAGCUCGGCGCCAGGCGCAUCUGAUGAGCUGCACGGGGUGGCCGAGGAUCGAGAGUGUGGUGCAGCCGAUUGGUUGGCCUCGAGUCGCUGCUGUUGGAGGAUAUAUUGUAUACACGCGCUGGUGGAACGGCUCUCCUCGGUGAGCUUUGCUUUGCGCUUGGGUCGGAGGGGAAACAAAAACGCGGACAUGCUGGCGGCAUGCGUAUCGUGAGGGAGUUUGGUAAAAUUUGGCCCCAACUUCUUUUUUUUUUCUUUUUUCUUCCAUGUGAAUUCAGCUCGUUGCCGUUGGCGCAGCGUUAAAUUACCUCAAGAUAAAUACUGCGACCAAUUUUUUUGAUUUUUUUUUUUUUACUCGUUUAGUUCUUUUACAAAAAAAAACAAAAAAAAAAAAAAAAAAAAAAGCCAAAUACAAUUUCAACCGUGGAUGAAGAGUACAAGCUGUGAAUUUACCUGGUGAAAUGGGAGCUCGUCGUACGGAGCUGCUUUAAUAGCUGGAACUGGAACUUUUUGAUAUCUCGGCAGUACACAUUUUUUAAACAUUUUUCGCGCUCCUUGUUUGUUCUAGGUUAAAAUAAAAAAAAUUUUUUUUAGAAAUGCCUGCCGUCCCUGCACUCAUUUAUUAUUAAAAAAAAAAAAAAAA